CCACGUCUUAAUUUUCCGUUUCUGUGUAAACAAAACAAAACCUAAAAGGCUAAAAUAGAAGACGACGCAGGUUUUCGCAUCGGCGAAGAAGAAGAAGAAGAAGCUAGUAAAUUGAUUUCAUAGACGCCGGAGAAAUGCGAGUCAUGAGAUCGUUGCGCGGUAAUUCUAGUGCGGGAUUGGUUUUCCGGCCGGCGAGGCUAAGUUCUCUUCGGAGCGUCUUUACCGGUUGCCGUGCUGUGAUGCUGCCUCGCUUUGGCGGUCCGGAGGUUUUGGAGCUCCGGGAGAAUGUUCCGGUGCCGAAUCUUAAUCCCAGUGAGGUUCUCGUCAGGGCGAAAGCUGUAUCCGUGAACCCUCUUGAUUGCAGAAUACGAGCAGGAUAUGGGCGUUCUGUAUUCGAACCACAUCUACCUAUUAUCAUUGGACGCGAUGUCAGUGGCGAAGUUGCGGCGAUUGGGAAUUCAGUGAAGUCGUUUAAAGUAGGACAACAAGUUUUUGGUGCAUUGCAUCCCACGGCGUUAAGAGGUACUUACAGUGAUUAUGGAGUUCUUUCUGAGGAAGAACUCACUGAAAAGCCAUCAUCGGUUUCUCAUGUGGAGGCAUGUGCCAUUCCUUUCGCAGCCUUGACUGCUUGGCGCGCUUUAAAGAGUAAUGCUCGGAUUAUCGAAGGGCAAAGACUAUUAGUUUUUGGAGGAGGAGGAGCAGUAGGGUUUUCUGCAAUCCAGCUCGCUGUAGCCUCUGGGUGUCAUGUUACAGCUUCUUGUGUCGGGGAGACCAAAGAUAGAAUACUAGCAGCUGGUGCCGAGCAAGCGGUUGACUACACUACCGAGGACAUUGAGUUGGCAGUAAAAGGAAAGUUUGACGCUGUGUUGGAUACUAUUGGUCGGCCUGAAACCGAGAGAAUAGGCAUCAACUUCUUGAGGAAGGGUGGAAACUAUAUGACUCUCCAGGGUGAGGCUGCAUCAUUGACUGAUAGAUACGGUUUUGUGAUUGGGCUUCCGCUUGCAACUUCACUCUUGGCGAAGAAAAAGAUACAAUAUCAGUAUUCUCAUGGAAUAGACUAUUGGUGGACGUAUAUGAGGGCUGAUCCUGAGGGUCUGGCCGAGAUUCAGCGGUUAGUUGGAGCCGGAAAGCUAAAGAUACCUGUGGAAAAAACAUUUCCGAUAACCGAAGUUGUAGCAGCUCAUGAAGCCAAGGAGAAGAAGCAGAUUCCGGGUAAGGUGGUGCUAGAGCUCUGAACUACAUAGAUAAAUAUAGUAACAGUAAUAAUACCUGCAUAGCUCUCUAGCAGUUGUUCUUUCUAGAUAUUACACGCAUGAGGAACAAAUGUCUUUGCGUCUGGAGUUUUCUGUAAAUGAGAUCUAUCAGGCUUAGAUUGAGAUCAAGAACUUGAAGUUUCUGUAUAGACUUUCCAAAUGGUUUGUUUUAUUUCGACGUGUCUUUGUUGCAACUUGCAGUAAAACAACUAAGCCAAGUAAUGAAAAUGGUUUAGAACUUUCCU